AUGGGUCUACUUGAUUCAUUCAUUUGUUGGCUAGGACUCAAACGCAAAGAAGUGAAUGUUAUUGUAAUUGGCUUAGAUAAUAGCGGAAAAUCAACGUUGUUGAAUUAUUUGCGACCAGUCGAAGCUCAAACCCAUGAUAUUGUUCCAACAGUAGGUUUUAACACUGAAAACUUUCGUUGUAAAGGUCUUUCAUUUUCGGCAUUCGAUAUGUCUGGACAAAGUCGAUAUCGACCAUUAUGGGAGAAUUACUACAGAAAAACACAUGGGAUUAUAUUUGUUGUUGACUCAUCUGAUCGUCCACGAAUUGUUGUUGCCAAAGAUGAAUUAUAUCAAUUGUUAACUCAUCAAGAUAUUCGAACUCGAAAUAUACCUAUAUUAUUUUUUGCAAACAAAAUGGAUUUGCGAGAUUCACUAUCGGACGUUGGUGUUUCAUCAUCGCUUUCACUAGAUGAAAUUGAAAAUAAAUCGUGGCAUAUUUGUAGUAGUAAUGCGUUAACUGGAGAUGGAGUACAAGAGGGUAUUGAAUGGUUGAGUUCGGCUAUUAAAGCAUCACUUGAGCAAGCGAAAAGAUGA